AUGGAGCGGGGAGCGGGCGCUGAGACGGAGCCGCUGCUGCUGCCUCGGAGCCGGCCGGCGGGCGCGGCCUGGCGGCGGGCCGGCGGCGGCAGCGGCGCCCAUGAGGCCGCUACUGGAGCUGAUAAUGACCUCUAUAUAAACCAAGCUGUAGUAUUUAUUGAAGAUGCGAUACAGUAUCGGUCUAUAAAUCACCGUGUGGACUCUAAAUCCCUCUGGCUUUAUCGAUGGUAUUACUCAAGAACUUGCCAAUGGAUUUUGGGUUUAACCAUUGCUAUAAUCCUGGCUUUGGCUUUCAUUGAAACACCUUCUUCACUUACUGUCACAUCAGAUGUACGAUAUCGUCUUCCUCCAUGGAAUCCCCCAUGUGGCCUAACAGAAAGCAUUGAGCUGCUUUGCUUCCUUGUGUUCGUGACUGAUAUAUCAGUGAAGAGUUACUUAAUUGGAUGGGAAGAAUUUCGGAAAACAAAAUGGCUGAUGGCUUAUAUCCUGACGUUAAUUAUUUCCCUUGCUGAUUGGAUUGUAUCACUGAGCUUCUUCUGCACAGAGAAUAUGAGAAUAAGAAGAAUUCUUCGGCCUUUCUUUCUUCUUCAGAAUUCUUCUAUGAUGAAGAAAACGUUGAAAAGCAUCAACAGCACUUUGCCUGAAAUGGCAAGUGUUGUUCUGCUACUAGCUGUUCAUCUGUCUCUCUUUACCAUGUUUGCCAUGCUGCUGUUUGCUCGGACAAAGGAUGGCCAGCAGGAUAAGGAAUGGGUGGGGUAUUUUCGGAAUUUGCCAGAUUCACUGACUUCACUGCUGGUGCUGCUAACUACUGCAAAUAAUCCUGAUGUGAUGAUUCCUGCAUAUUCUAAGAAUCGAGCCUAUUCAAUCUUCUUUAUACUCUUCACUGUGUUAGGCAACUUGUUUCUGAUGAACUUAUUGACAGCAAUAAUAUAUAACCAGUUUCGAGGAUAUCUUCUGAAAUCGGUUCAGUCCUCCCUCUUCAGGAGACGACUAGGAAUCCGGGCUGCAUUUGAAGUACUUUGUUCGCUGAAAGAGACUGCUGCUAAGGCACAAGAGUUGUAUGUUAGUACUGGGGACUUAUUUCAAGUGCUGCAGAAUGUUGAAAUGGAUUCUCGUUGCAAGCAAGCCAUCAUGAGAUCACUUAAAACAUGCUCCUGUGAUCAACUGUCAGUUGCCCAGUUUCAGAAGCUCUUUGAAGAACUAGACAAGGAUGCUAUUAAACAACACCCUCCUAGUCCAGAGUACCGAUCACAUUUUAUGCAGAAAAUGCAAUUUGUCUUUGGUCAUCCUUAUUUUGGCUACUUGGGGAAUGUUGUAGCCCUUGCAAACAUUAUUUCUAUCUGUGUGGUUUUGGUGAUGGAUGCAGAUAAACAGUCUUCUGAAAGAGAUGACUUCUUCUUGGGGGCUAUCAACUGUUUCUUCAUCUUGUGCUAUCUGCUGGAAAUGUUGCUGAAAAUCUUCGCAAUGGGGUUAAAAAGAUACUUAUCUUACCCAAGCAAUAGAUUUGAUGGCCUGCUGACUGUAAUUCUCCUGAUUUUGGAGAUUGCAACUUUUGCUGUAUAUGGAUUUCCUCAUCCUGGCUGGAGACCUGAAUUGAUGGGCUUGCUAUCCCUGUGGGAUAUGGUUCGACUGGUGAACAUGUUAAUUGUGUUCAGGUUUCUGCGGAUUAUUCCUAAUAUGAAGUUCAUGGCUUUAGUAGUGACUACACUGCUGGAUCUGGUAAAAAACUUGACAGCCUUUGCAGGAAUUCUGAUGGUGGUUUUCUAUGCAUUUGCUAUAACUGGCAUAAUGUUAUUUAAAGGUGCAGUUGUUCCUGUUGGGAAUAUCAGUAUUGUGAAUACAACAUCUGGUAAUGGCACUCUGCGGUGUGGGACCUACGAGCAGCUGGAAUAUUGGCCAAACAACUUCGAUGACUUUGCUGCAGCAGUGGUGACCCUCUGGGAUGUGAUGGUGGUGAACAACUGGCAAGUUUUUCUGGAAGCAUUUUCAAGAUAUUCAAGUCCGUGGGCAAAGAUCUAUUUUGUAGCCUGGUGGUUGAUCUCCUCUGUCAUUUGGGUCAAUCUCUUUGUAGCUUUACUUCUAGAGAACUUUAUUCACAAGUGGGAUCGUCGCUGUCAUCGGGAACGUCUCUCAGACAUUGAGUGCCAGAGGACAGUUGAACUAAUGUUCAGAGAUGUUUUGGAAGAACCUACAGAGGAAGAGCUAAUGGAAAGACUGCACCAGCAUCCACACCUGCAUUUAUGUAGGUGACUGAUUGGUGGGAAGGACUGAUUUAUUUACACCUCUGUUUUGUUGAGGUUGUCACCUGGAAGAAACUGGAUGAAUUUUCUGUGAGAUGCUGUAAUAGGGGCUUGCAGAACAGUGUGUAAAUUUCUGGUAGGCAAUUCUCUGCAGGAAGAGUUUUUUAUUAUUGGCUUAUAUAUUUUUUUCUGGGAAGAAAAUGGAUUUGAAAUUUGACUUGAUUUUAAGUUGCAAUCUUACAGCAAUAUUGCAGCCAUUAUUUUAUGAACUAUUGGUACCAGAAUAUUUUUAUUUUCUUUUUUUAAGAAGGGAAAGUGUUAAAAUAACAGUGCACUUUAAAAUGUGAACUUUGUAACCACUAAGCCUGCUACUUUUUGCAGCACAAAUAAUGGAACUCCCUCUUGUGGUAGGGGAGUGUGCCAAGGACAGUGCCUUGCAAUUCGUGAAUGGAUUAGGCAGGACUAGAACAAGAUCCUUAACCCUUUCUGUAAUAAUGAAAGUUGAAACACUGUUUUUAUUAAAACUUGACACCAGCAUAUUCUACUUACUGAA